AUGGCGAAAUUAAUGGAAAAACAACAACGAUGGCCAGCUGGUUCGGAGGAUGAACCCGAAAACGGAAACGACGAGGAUGACGAGGAAGCUCCGCCUCUAGAGUCACGGACCCCAAAACGUUUGAUUUUUGAUGAUCGAAGUGUUCGAGCUGGAUUCAUCAAGCGCGUUUUUGCCCUAGUGACUUUGAUGUUCGCCAUCACGGCUGGCUUCUCGUCGGCUCCAAUUUUCAGUAAAAAGUUCAAAGAUUGGUGUAAUGAGUACUGGUGGGGAGUCUACGUGGCAAUGGGCGUCUUUUUCAUCUUCUAUAUCACACUGAUGUGUUGUCAGGGAGUCCGUAGAUGUUUCCCGUGCAAUUUGGUCAUUUUGACACUUUUUACUCUCUCUGCAGCCACCAUGACAAUGUUCAUAACGGCGUCGUACUCGGUGGAAUCGGUGAUGAUUGCACUGCUCAUCACUACUGGAUGUAGUGCGUCGAUUAUACUUUUUGCGGCGACUACAAAGAAAGAUUUGACUUCAUGUCUCGGCGUCGCCUUUAUUCUUGGUAUCUGCCUUUUCUUUUUUGGCCUCAUGACAUGCAUUUUUGUGCUGAUUUUCCAUUGGGUCUUCCUUCAUAUCGUUUACUCGGCUCUCGGAGCACUACUGUGCAUGUUCUACUUGGCAAUUGAUGUGCAGCUAAUCAUGGGCGGCCGUCGUGUGGAAAUCUCCCCAGAAGAGUACAUUUUCGCUGCCACACAUGUAUUCGUCGACAUUUUGACAAUGUUCUUCCAUAUUCUGGGCAUUGUAGGACGGAAUUAG